AUGCCUCCUAGAUCUUCCAAGAAGAGAGAAGGCAAGGCGCCACUGGCGUCGGCGGAUCCUCCGGUAAAAAGAGGUAGCGAGGCCUACAGCGGCAGCAACCGCACCUCCAUUCCCCAGCGUCGCGCCAAACCAGUAACUAGACGUAUCAUCACCCAAGACAAUCGAAUCGUCACCUGGGGUUCGAACAUUGACGGGGCAUUGGGGAGGGAUACGACAGGGGAUCCAUAUGACGAUGACGAUGAUGAUGACGAAGAAGAAGACGAGGACGAGGACGAGGACGAGAAUGGGAAUGGGAAUGGGAAUGGGCCUGCGAAUGGAACUGCAAAUGGGACUGCAAAUGGAACUGGGAACGGGGAUAGCGGUGGGGGUUAUCCCAACUGGCCCAACGAGCCCAACGAUGACGACCCCAACGAUGCCGACUACUAG